CGAGAACUCGACCCGUCUUUUGAUCAGCUCAGAACGGAAGAAGGUGGGACGCGACGCAAAAGUAGAUUAAAGAAGGAUUUCUCGAGGGGGUGGGCAUGUUGAAGAGAAAUAAUGUUUUGUUGACAUUUGACCAGGACAGACGGAAUUACAGUUGUUAAACGACGGACAGAACAAGGAGCCCGAAGACCCAGGAAAGGACUGACGAGAACCACCAUGGCUUAAACCCUGUGUUCCCCACUAGACCCCUGACCCCCUCCCCUGUCCCCGACCCCCUCCCCUGUCCCCAACCCCACCCCCAGUCUCUCCCCGGCCUCUCUCCCAAUCUCUCCCGGCCUCCCCUCCAGUCUCUCCCCGGCCUCCCUAACCCUGUCCAUGUGAGGGGUUGGGCAGCCCCCCCCUAAUCCCACUGGAGCCAUGAUGAACCUCCAGAAGCACCAAACCAUGGGCUCUGACCGGGACUUUCAGUCCUCCUCCUCAGUCAGCCUGCCCUCCGUCAAGAAGGCCCCCAAGAAGAGACGCCUGUCCAUGGGGAACCUGUUCAGACGGCGCCGGGACCCCAAGAGGAAGUCCAUGGAGCUCCAUGGGGAAGGAGGGGUGGAUGGUAUCGCCAGCAUAGACAGCAUCCACUCAGACCUCACGCUGAACGAUAAGAACUCUGCCUUCUCAGUGGCCGGAGCUGCCUGCACCUCCUCCCUCGGGGCGUCAUCCUCCUCGUCCUCCUCCUCUUCCUCCCGGGGUCGAGAGCUGCUGGAGUGCCCUCUGUGCCUUCUACGUCACUCUAGGGACAGUUUCCCAGACAUCAUGACCUGCCACCACCGCUCCUGUGCGGAUUGCCUGCGCCAGUACUUGCGAAUAGAGAUCAGUGAGUCGCGCGUCAACAUCAGCUGUCCAGAGUGCUCUGAGCGGUUCAACCCCCACGACAUACGCAUCAUCCUGGGAGACCAGCCCCUCAUGGAGAAGUACGAGGAGUUCAUGUUGAGGCGAUGGCUGGUGACCGACCCCGACUGUCGAUGGUGCCCCGCCCCAGACUGCGGGUAUGCAGUCAUUGCCUUUGGCUGUGCCAGCUGUCCUAAGAUCACGUGUGGGCGUGAGGGGUGUGGCACGGAGUUCUGUUACCACUGUAAACAGCUGUGGCACCCCAACCAGACGUGUGAUGCCGCCCGGCAGCAGAGAGCCCAGAGCCUGAGGCUACGCACCUUCAGCUCCUCGUCUCUUAGCUACAGCCAGGAGAGUGGUGCUGCAGCGUUUUCUAUUCCUUCAUCCCCAGCCGAUGACAUCAAGCCCUGUCCGCGCUGCGCUGCUUACAUCAUCAAGAUGAACGACGGCAGUUGUAACCACAUGACCUGCGCCGUGUGCGGCUGUGAGUUCUGCUGGCUCUGCAUGAAGGAGAUCUCUGACCUGCACUACCUGAGCCCGUCAGGAUGUACCUUCUGGGGCAGGAAGCCGUGGAGCAGGAAGAAGAAGAUCCUGUGGCAGCUGGGCACGCUGGUGGGCGCUCCGGUGGGCAUCGCUCUGAUCGCUGGCAUCGCCGUCCCCGCCAUGAUCAUAGGCAUCCCUGUGUACGUGGGGAGGAAGAUCUAUAACCGCUAUGAGGGGAAGGACAUCUCUCCUCACAGGAGGAACCUGGUGAUAGCAGGAGGAGUCACUCUGUCUGUCAUCAUGUCUCCUGUGGUGGCAGCAGUCUCUGUCGGCAUCGGCGUGCCCAUCAUGCUGGCGUACGUGUAUGGCGUGGUGCCCAUCUCUCUGUGUCGCAGCGGGGGCUGUGGGGUCUCCACUGGUAAUGGGAAAGGGGUCCGCAUCGAGUUCGAUGACGAGAACCAGAUGACCGCAGGGAGCGGGGCGCAAGCUACUGACACGACCUCUGUGGCGGACACCAGGAACAACCCCAGCAUCGGAGAAGGUAGCGUGGGGGGCAUGACGGGCAGUCUGAGUGCCAGCGGGAGUCACGUGGACCGGAUGGGCGCCAUGAGGGACAACCUGAGUGAGAACGCCUCCACCAUGGCCCUGGCUGGGGCCAGCAUCACCGGAUCUCUGUCUGGCAGCGCCAUGGUCAACUACCUGAACAGGUUGGAGGUCCAGGCUGAUGUUCAGAAGGAGAGGUGUAGUCUGAGUGGGGAGUCGGCCACCUUCAGCUUGGGGACCAUCAGUGACAACGCUAGCAUCAAAGCAAUGGCUGGAUCCCUUCUCAACUACAGAGACGGGACCAGUAUGGAGGUGCAGGUGGACAUAGAGCCGGGUAAGUCUGCUGGUCAACUACACGACCACCCUAUGGAUGAUGGGAGAGACGCUGGGCGCUGUGGCUGGUCCUGCCACUCUGGAUGCCCCUCAGAGGGCCAGGAUGGCACCGCCAAGUCCUCCUCUUCCUCGGGGAAGAAGAGUAAAAGCAAGCUGAAGAAGGGAGGAGGCUGUAAGAUCCAGGAGACGAGGGAGGAUAUGGACGCUCGUCUCCUUGAGCAGCAGAGCACCAACUCCUCAGAGUUUGACUCUCCCUCCCUCAGCGGCUCUCUGCCCUCCGUAGCUGACUCUCACUCCUCCCACUUGUCAGAGUUCAGCGGCGGCUCUGACCUGGAGAUCAUGAAGACAUCCUGCAGCCAUGGAUCCUCGUCUGACUACCACAGCCGCUUCGCCACAGUCAGCCCUCUGCCUGAAGUAGAGGGAGACCGGCUGGAGGCGUUACCCUCACCCCGAGGUGUCCUCUCCCAGCCUCACUCCCCAGUCUCCUCGCCCUGUCCCGAGGUGUCCGUCUCCCCUCUGUGUCUGAUAGCAGAGGAAAACAUCAACCAGGUGUGUCCUACGAAGGCAGAUUGUGACUGUAUUACAGGAGGAGCCCUUCCCGUUGGACAGCUGCUGCAGGAGAACAACGACAACCUGUAGGCCCGUCCCUCCAGCCUGUUCCAGACCUCCUGUAUUCAGACUGACAUCUGACCUAAAAACACCAGUUUUGGUUUCACAGAAUUAUAAUUUUUUUCUUCCCCAGAAGACAAAAGCUUUGAAUGGACAUUUCUGUCGUCCAGAAGUGUGGAAAUGGAGCAGUGGAAGAACCUCAGCUCAGUCAGUAGGACUUGUUUUAAUAACAGCAAGGUGAAGGCUGUUGUUUCCUGUCAUGUGACCCCUAUUGCAGUGUUCCGACUGGCUGCUGUCCCUCCUCACAAGCAGGAGUGAAAGAGACCCGUCACUGACCCCCCGGGCGGACUGUCAGUCAAGCUGGGGAUCAGGACGCAACGUUCAGGAACCUUCAAGCUCUCAAAACGCCAAGUUGAACUUUAAUAUGAACCAGGCAAUACUAUCCUUAGUUCUUUUCAGUUUUAAAAUGAGUUUAUAAUUAAGCCACUUCUGUUAAGUGAUGAUUUGUACUUAUUAUAAUUCAAUACUAGUCCGCUGGAAGGAAUUUAAAAGCCUGGUAGUAGUUUAUCUACGGCUAGCUGAGAGGGACAAACUAUUCUAUCUACGGCUAGCUGAGAGGGACAAAGUACUGAAGCAGAGUACUGUUGCGAGGUAGAAGUAGAGCUGGGUCUCUGGAAGGCCAUGGUUUAAACAUCCCAAAGAUGGAUGAAGGGUUAAUUAUAAUAGCCACAACCCACCAAUGAGAGAGCCACUUCCUUGAAAUUGAGAGCAGAGUACUGUUGCUAGGUAGAAGUAGAGCUGGGUCUCUGGAAUGUUAAUUAUAAUAGCCACAACCCACCAAUGAGAGAGCCACUUCCUUGAAAUUGUUUAACAAAUAUUUUUCAACCGUCGGUAAAAUAAAAUUGUGUUUUUUUUUUUUUUCAGGCUGAAGAAGCUUUCACCUCACAUAAUAAGAUAACUUUCAUACCUGUUAUAACCAAUGGUUUAUAUAUACACUAGAUGACUGACAGGGGGCGCUGUGUUGAAGCCACCAUGCCUCCAUCUUGGCUCUCCCCCCUCCAUUGUAUAAAACGAUGUUUUGGAAGCUAAAGAAAUGUAUUUAUUAAUUGGUUUUAACAACAUGAAUUCCACUACAGACACCUUAAUACUUUUACAUUAUAUAAUGUGAGCUAAACGUACAAAUAAAAGAAUAUAUAACAUUUUCCUUUUUAGAUUAAUGUUACUGUCCGCACUAAAACAAAACAAAAACUUAAAUGCAUGUAAUGUUGUCCUGGAAACAUUUGAUUGAAACACUGUAGAAUUCCAUUCAUUCCUAUGGAGACCUGCUCCUAAUGGGGAGAGCCAAAAUGGCCGACCGGUGGCUUCAAAGCAUCUCAAUGGCCAAUACAUAACAUCAGUAAUCCAUCCCCUACUGGGGAGAGCCAAAAUGGCCGACCGGUGGCUUCAAAGCAUCUCAAUGGCCAAUGCAUAACAUCAGUAAUCCAUCCCCUACUGGGGAGAGCCAAAAUGGCCGACCGGUGGCUUCAAAGCAUCUCAAUGGCCAAUACAUAACAUCAGUAAUCCAGGGUUUAUAUACGUUGGUUAUUACUCAUUGUGCCUUUUUGAAAAGGAAAAUCUGUUUUUCCUCUUUCUAAUCGUCUGCAUCUCUCCACCUCUUCUAGACUUUAAAAAGCUAAAACAGAUUUCAGAUGGUCUCUCUUGACCAUGCCAGGAGAGAUACUAGACGAGUAGGGCUUCAUAAUACUGUGGUAGACUUACACGUCUUGUUCAAUUGCCUACCAAAGACAGCACUCAGGCUCUUGAGAACUCUUGUUCCUGGUAACCCUUGACGACGUCUGUUUUGUCAUCCCCCAGACUCCACCUGGUGCAGCAUGUCUACACCAUGUGGUUAAACAUGUCAAAAUAAACACAGGAAUGUAUACAGACUGCUUUGUUGUUGUUGUCUAAUACGCUUUACAAAUGCUACGCAAAUAACAGGAGGCCAGAGUCUCCUGCUGUUAACCAGACUGGUUACAUAAAUGUACUGCAGUGCUCAGAGUGUAUGUAUGGGGAUAUCAUCAGUGCCCCCCCCAAUUCCUGUCUGUGUCCCAAAUGGAAGUCUGUUCCCCGACACAGUGCACAGGUAGUGUACUAUCUAGAGAGUAGUGUGCCAUCAGGACCGCAUGGCGUCUGUUCCGUGUCUCCUGCCGGUCUGUGCACUGUCCAUUUCCUGUUGGUUUAAUUCUCUGCCCUGUCCAUUUCCUGUUGGUUUAAUUCUCUGCCCUGUCCAUUUCCUGUUGGUUUAAUUCUCUGCCCUGUCCAUUUCCUGUUGGUUUAAUUCUCUGCACUGUCCAUUUCCUGUUGGUUUAAUUCUCUGCACUGUCCAUUUCCUGUUGGUUUAAUUCUCUGCACUGUCCAUUUCCUGUUGGUUUAAUUCUCUGCCCUGACCAUUUCCUUUCCUAUACUUUAAACACUAGUGCCAGUUAGAUUUUCUAAUUUGUGCAGAAUGACAUUAUCCUGUCCCCAGAUCUGUGUUUGAUGUGGUAAUGACCAAAGGAGAUGGACAGAGGACACACACAGAUCUGGGACCAGGCUAGAAUGGCAUUUAAAGGUAUCUGUAUAUUAGUUUGCUAAUUUCCUUUUACAAUGUGUGUAAAAAUGCAUAUCUAAAAAAAUAAAUAUCUCUUAAACUUUU